AAAUGAGUCAACAAAGACCGAAGCAGGAAGGAACAAGACUAGCAGGAGGAGACCCCAACCACUCCAGCCACGGGCGCCGGGCGCCGCCUCCUCCUCCUUCGAACGGCGUAGAAGUGCAUGGAUAAGGAGAGAGGAUCUCCCUUGACGGGCGUGCCGCCCCGCGGCCAACAUCGGAGGAGGUGGGCGAGCCUUAUCCCUCUGCUGGUAGCCCUCGCAGUCAUCGGCGAGAUCGCCUUUUCGGGACGCAUCGACGUUACUGAGAAGGCUUCCAGUAUGAUAGAUCAGUGGUCGACCUCUUUGUCGUCGUCUUCGUCUUCGCCUUUGAUCCCGGAAGGGUUAGUGGAUCCGGAAGAGGUCAAUAAGUGCGAGGAGUGGUUGGAGAGGCAGGACGCUGUGCCCUACUCCCGAGAUUUCCAGAAAGAUCCAGUUCUUGUCUCCGGGAUGCAGAAGGAUUGGAGAUCUUGCUCAAUUGAUUGUCAUUUUGGUUUUUCAAAUGAGAAGGUACCUGAUGCUUCAUUCGGGUUACCACAAAAUCCAGCUGUUGCUGCUGUUCUAAGAUCCAUGGAAUCAUCACACUAUUAUCCAGAAAAUAGUGUUGACGCAGCACGACGGAGAGGGUAUAAAGUUGUAAUGACAACCAGCCUUUCUUCCGAUGUACCUGUUGGUUAUUUCUCAUGGGCUGAAUAUGAAAUAAUGGCACCUGUGCGUCCAAAAACAGAAGAAGCACUUGCAGCCGCUUUCAUUUCCAACUGUGGGGCUCGCAAUUUCCGUUUGCAGGCUCUUGAAAUGCUGGAAGAGUUGGGCAUUAAGAUUGAUUCAUAUGGUAGUUGUCACCGGAACCGUGAUGGUGAUGUGAACAAAGUUGAGACUUUAAAGCGCUACAAAUUUAGCUUGGCUUUUGAAAAUUCUAACGAGGAAGAUUAUGUCACAGAAAAACUUUUUCAGUCACUUGUUGCAGGGACUGUUCCUGUCGUCAUUGGUGCUCCAAAUAUCCAAGAGUUUGCUCCUUGUCCUGAUUGUAUUUUGCAUAUUAAAGAGACCAAGGAUGUUGCUUCAGUUGCAAAAACCAUGAGAUCCCUUGCAUCAGACCGUGUUGCUUACAACCAUACACUAAGGUGGAAAUAUGAGGGUCCAUCUGAUUCAUUCAAAGCCCUUGUGGACAUGGCCUCUGUACAUUCCUCUUGUCGCCUUUGCAUACAUCUGGCAACAAAGAUCCGCGAAAAAGAGGAAACAAGUUCCUCGUUUCAGAAUCGUCCCUGCCAUUGCACCAGCAAAGCAGCAACAGUCUACCACUUGUUUGUCAGAGAACGAGGUCGAUUCAAAAUGGAGAGCAUCUACAUGAGAUCCGGAAGGCUAACGUUAGAAGCACUCGAAUCUGCAGUUCUUGCCAAGUUCCGAUUGCUGAAUCAUGUGCCCAUUUGGAAGAACGAAAGGCCAGAAGUUUUACGAGGAGGAAACGACUUACGGAUCUAUCGAAUAUACCCGGUCGGCAUCACCCAGCGAGAAGCAUUGUAUUCAUUCCGAUUCAACAACGAUGCUGAGCUCGAGAAACACAUCAAGAGCAAACCGUGUGCGAAACUCGAAGUUAUUUUCGUGUAACCGAGGCCUGCUACUGCUUCCUAUACAACAAGAUGAUGUGCUGAUGAGCUAACAACAACGCAUCUGAUUAGUUUCAGAAUCUGAUGGAAUGUUAUUGCUAGCUGGUAUAUCUAUGUUUCGGUAUAUUUCUAAUUUUUAUUUAGAAAUUACGUUGUGAUCUGAAGAAACAAUAGUGUAAUUUGUGAUGAGAAGCAAUCAAGCGACCGAUGUUGAGUAAAA